GAUAUAUCGAUAUUUUAAAUAUAUUUUGGAUAGCCAGCCCUAGUCGCAAUUCAGCAAAGAAUUAUUAAAAAAGAAGAAAGUCCGCAUACUUUCGAAAAUGGAGGACAUAAUGUGCGAAAUUUGCCUAAAAGGUUUUUUAGACAAAGACGAACUUCAACUUCACAUCCGUAAGCACACUGAAAAGAGGCCGUAUAAUUGCUCGCAGUGCUCGAAAUCCUUUCCACGACAAUGCGAUUUAAGAUUACACUUCCGUAACCACACUGGUGAACGACCCUUCAUAUGCUCCGUAUGUUCGAAAAGUUUCGCACAAAAAUCCAAUCUAGAAAAACACAUCCGUACGCACUCGAGUGACAAACCAUUCAAAUGCCCCGACUGCCCAAAAUCCUUUCAACUAAAAACCUAUCUCAUGGGACACAUGCUUACCCACAGAGGGGAUCGACCCUGCCUAUGUUCGUACUGCGGAAAGUCUUUUUCGUAUAAUCACGAGCUCGAAAAACACAUUCGUACUCACACGGGAGAGCGUCCGUUUAAGUGUAUUCACUGCCCCAAGGACUUUGUUAACACCAAAGCUCUCACAGCUCAUAUGCGGAAGCACACGAAUGAUCACGAAACACCUUACCAGUGUCCUCAGUGUUCCAAAGUUUUCAAAAUGCAAAGCAGCCUUAAAACUCACAUUCUAAUGCAUACGGAUGAACGACCUUACAAAUGCAGCGACUGCUCAAAGUCCUUCGUACAAAAAUCCCAUCUUAAUGUACACUUCCGAACUCACACGGGGGAUCGACCCUACAAAUGCUCUCACUGCUCGAUGUCAUUUCUACAAAACUCCCAUCUCCAAGUACACAGUCGUAUCCACACGGGAGAAAACCCCUAUAAAUGUCCACACUGCUCCAGGUUAUUUAAAUACAAUAACAGAAGCUACAAACAACAUAUCCUUAAACACACAAGCAACAAUGACUUGACGAGCGACGAGCGACCGUACAAGUGCUUGCACUGCUCCAAGUCAUUUAAAUCCAAUAACAAAAGCUACAAAAAACACAUCCUUAGUCACACAAGCAAUGACUUGUGUGCCAGUGGAGUACCCGACGAGAUAACACCGCUCCUAGAAACUAAACUGGAACCUCUGUAAAGAUUUCGAUGAUAAGAUAAAGGAUACGUUCGGAAUGCGAGUGCAUUAUUGCAACUAUUAAAAGGGGAUAAUUUAGGUAUUCGCAGACGGAACUACAUUAUGAACCAUUCGGACACUCACGAAAGAUUCGCAACAAUUUCGAGCUGAAGACAUAAUACAUUGAAUGUAAUUUAGUGAUAAAAAAGUAGAUUUAUUAUUCAGAACAGUCUCGAUAUUAACAAUAAAAACAUAUACAGGCAGACUCCCGUUUUCGCUUACUUUGGCGUUUUACUUUUUCAGCCAAAAGUCAUACCUUUCAUUUCAAGGCGCUCUGACAUUCGCAGAAGUGUGGUUUAUUUCAUCCUGUACUGUUAGGCGCAAAACUUAUUUCUAUUAUUCAUACGCGUUAGUGCCAGCUUAUACAAAAAGCCCCUUGUUAUGGUUAACAGGGAUUUAUCGAUAGCCAGAUCGGGCUGCCACAGCUGUAAAGAUGAAUUCACUUUUUGUUUUUGCCCAGAAAAAUUUUUUCAGAUGAAAUCUCGAGGUUGGUUUAUAUGAAAAUUAUUUAUAAAAAGUGCACAAGCUGAAUUGAACUGGUAAUGGUUUCAAAUCCAUGUCAAUGCAUCAAACAGCCAUCUAUUUUUUGUUUAUUUUUCAAUUAAGAUUAGUUUUGUUGUAUAUAAAGCCGUUUACUUUUCAUUUUGGUGAGGAAUUUGCAAUUGUUUUGAAAACGGAAAAAUGUUGCGGUUUCCGAAUGCGGGAGUGCUUAACUUUCCGUUUUCAAAAGUAUAUUUUAUUGAUAGUGACAACCGGAGCCUGCCUGAA